AUGGCUAGCUCAAUCACACUCCUUGCUGAUUUGAAAGCGGGUCGGUGCUCCACCACGGCGGAGGUACGACUUCUGCGUUUCUGGGAGGCGAGAAACACAAGCCGGAACAGCAGUCGGUCCGGCGAACUGAUGAGCGUCGACAUGUUGCUUAUCGAUGAGAAUGAGAUUGUUGAAGUCGUCUUGCAAGAAUCCUCUUUACUGGACCAAGAGUUCCUUAUACUUUGA